AUGAUAGGUCACUGGCAAUUCAUCUCGCAGCGGGUCCAGGCGUUCCACUUGCAGCUGGCGAGCGAGCUACUACGGGCCCCCUCGCUUGCCAGCAAGACGCCAACCGAGAUGGAUAGGAUUCGAACGUCCUUCGAACACGCCUGCCGGAGAUCGAUCUCGAGGAUACAGCUCGGGAACGACCCGGACCUUGCGCUCGGCAAUAGCGCCGAACGAAUGUUCUCUGGCAUCGUUCGGCUGCACAAAUGCAGCAUCCACCAGGAGCUGAAAGAGGAAUUCGGGCCCGCGGUGGAGACGCUGCUCAUAUUCGUGGCGGUCGACAGCGUGAGCAAGCACGCCCUCCAAAGCUUCAAGGGGGCAUUCUCAGCCCGCGCGGAGAUAAACCGUCAGGCGUCCGCUGCCGACAAGCCUCGCCGCAAGUUUCUACCCUCUGCCGCCGCAGUCGCCGCCGCUGCCGCCGCUGCCGCCGCCACUGCCACUGCCACCAACCUCGAGGCCGAACGCCUGAUGGCCUACCAAAACCACCAACAGCAACGGCUCCGAAAGGAGCUGCAACACCAUCACCAUCACCGCCACCAGUCGCGUCCCGGCGUCGUGAGGAAGGCCGCGGCUGCGCAGCGAGCGGCGGUGGUUGGCUCAAAGUCACGGAGAGCGACUGCGUCGCCAUCAAAAGCGAAGGCGGCGAAGGCACCGAGGCUCUGCAGAACGAAAUCGGCUGGGAGUAGUGGCCACGGCAGCGGCGGUAGCAGCAGCGGCGGCUCCACCCCUAGGGGAACCGGCCGCUAUCGGGGGGCCGGGAGAGGGGGGGGCUGGAACACCGCGAGGCUACCGGAGGAGGACAGGAACGGGCUGCUCAAGCUGCCGUGGGACGGCCUAGAUGCGGUGAGCGAACAAGUCAAGCUCGUUACCGACGCCAGGGUGCAGCUCAUCGAAGAGCGCCGGCUUCGGCCCAGCUACGUGCCCCCGCUCUCCCCCCGAGACUACCAAUAUUCUUCCGGAACCGGCGGCGAUUCCACCGAAGAACCGGGGUCCCCUCAGGGCCACGACGACUCGGAGGAGGCGGAAGAAGACGCCGAGGCUGCUGCCCGGCGGCGGGAGAAGCAGCCUUGGUUUGCUAGGAACGUUGUCGAUCACAGGUCGGCGUGGUGCGGCCUGAGGAACGCCGGAGCACGCGCGGGGCUGCGGAAGGUGUUGCAGCCCCGCCCCUGGGGCGAUCCGCUUGCUCCCUCCGGGGGUGGCCAGGAGGCCGCUAAUAGCCAAGUCUUGGAGCUCAUAUCAGCGGCCACCCAGGCUUACCUUAAGCGCGUCCUGACCGAACUAUCGGUGGUGGCCUACCAGCGGCGGGGAGGGUUGUCAGAAGAACUGCUUCAAGGUCUCGAGGAGCGAAUGGAAGACCCCCGGUCACCGGGCUCCGCGCUCGUCCUGUACGAGGGACUGGUGCCUCGUUUCCCGCGCUACGAGUCCGGAGGGAGUUCAACGACGAUCACUACGGGGACACCGGCUGCAGCAGUGGCUACGACAACCGAGGACCCUCGCGAGGUGCUGCGGCGUGAAGAGGGGGCCCACAGACGGUCGUGCCUGGAGAGGGAGGCCGGCUGGGAGGCGAGGGUCGCGGAGGUGAUGGCGGCCGCAGACGGGGUGGCGGCGAACGAGUUCGCGAGGCGGGUGGGCUUCAAGAGGGGGGUGGGGCUUUCGAUGCCGGCCUCCGCGGAGUGGAGACGAAAGAAGCGGAUGGCGGAGGCGGCGGAAGCGAGGGGUCGUGGAGGCGGUGGCGGUGGCGGCAGCGGUGGUCGCUACGCCAUGGGAGGGAGCGGGCAGCAGCAGCAGCAGCAGCAGGAGGAGGGGGAGGACCAGAUGGAGAUUGAGGAAUGUGAUGAAAGCCGGCUCUCUGUAGACGGCGGAGGAAUAGAUGCCCGUCCGUCGGUGGUGGGAGUACGGGACGAAGGAGUGGGCGAGAGGCGCAAAAGACAGAGUACGGGCAACAACAUGGACGACCAAAGCGACGACGACGGCAACCGCAAGAGCCGGUCGGGCAGCGGCGAAGACGAACAGGCCCGGGCCUUGGUGCGCGACGUGAGGCGGCGGUUUCACAGGUUCGGCGGCACCACCCCGGCGGCGCCUGGCGGCCGCAUCGAGAUCAACAACGCCGACCUGACCGAGCACCUGCGGGCGGUUAUGCCGACCUGCAGCAGGGAGAGCUGGGCAAUACUGUCCGGACUGAAGGCGCGCCUGGCCUCCCAGCGGCGGCGUGCGGCAGACGCGGGACGGUAA